CAGCGAUGCACAUAUUGCUGAGGUUUGCCACCACUGGCACAAUCGUGCCAGUGUGAUAUACCCUUUUGGUUUUCCACGAGGCACUCGAAUCACAUGAUGGCUGGACACAUAAACCAUGUGUUGAAAGUAGCAAACUCUUUUGUUAUGAUGAACCUAUGCUAUAGCAAGCCUUACCACGGAGGGAGAACAGUUCUUACAAGAAGCCUGAUCACAGCUCUAGCAGUACUGUCUUUAUUAGAUGCUUUGAUUCAGCUCUUGGGGAGGAUCAGAUCAGAAGUUCACUUCUGCAACAUUUUAGCUCAGGUGGAGAGAUCACAAGAGUUUCAAGUCCGAAGGACUAUGAAACUGGUGCAAGCAAAGGGGAAGAAGACCACUUUCGGUGAUGACUGAUUUAGAAGCUUUAAAACACAAACCUGCCCCUGGUGAAAUGCCAAGAAUACUUUUUUUUGGGCAGUUUUGGAGAUUUAUAUAAUCUUAUUAGUGUAGUUUGUAGACCGGCCAGACAAUUUUUCAGUACUUUUGGAGAUUUAUAUUCGCGUGAUAAAUUUAGUUGCUGUACUUCCUACAUAAUUGUGAUAUAGUAUUACCUUGUGUUCUAAUUUAUUUUCUAGCUA